UGCACACGCAGUCUCUCUUGACAAUCGCGCCGGAAGAGGAAGCGAACACGUGGGACGCUCUACGGUGGCCGAGGGAGACUAGGGUGCCUGAGCCGGUGUCCCGCAGCACUCGGGCUGUAAAGGGAGCAUCGUUUCUGCAGUGAAGUCCCCAGGAGGGCGACGUGGCCGCCAGCACCAUGGUGAAGGAGCAGUUCCGAGAGACGGAUGUGGCCAAGAAAAUAAGCCACAUCUGUUUUGGAAUGAAGUCCCCAGAAGAGAUGCGCCAACAGGCCCACAUCCAGGUGGUGAGCAAGAACCUGUACAGCCAAGACAACAACCACGCCCCGCUGCUGUACGGGGUGCUGGACCACAGGAUGGGUACGAGCGAGAAGGACCGACCUUGUGAGACCUGCGGGAAGAACCUGGCUGACUGCCUGGGGCACUACGGGUACAUUGACCUAGAGCUGCCGUGUUUCCAUGUGGGCUACUUCCGGGCUGUCAUCGGCAUCUUACAGAUGAUCUGCAAAACCUGCUGCCACAUCCUGCUCUCCAAGGAGGAGAAGCAGCAGUUCCUGGAUCACCUGAAGCGGCCAGGCCUGACCUACCUGCAGAAGCGGGGCCUGAGGAAGAAGGUGUCAGACAAGUGCCGGAAGAAGAGCCUGUGCCACCACUGCGGGGCCUUCAACGGUACCGUGAAGAAGUGUGGCCUCCUGAAGAUCAUCCACGAGAAGUACAAGACCAACAAGAAGGUGGUGGAUCCCAUGGUGUCCAGCUUCCUGCAGUCCUUCGAGACGGCCAUCGAGCAUAACAAGGAGGUCGAGCCACUGCUGGGGAGGGCACAGGAAAACUUGAAUCCCUUGAUAGUUCUGAACUUGUUUAAGAGAAUCCCAACUGAAGAUGUCCCCCUACUGCUCAUGAACCCAGAGGCCGGGAAGCCCUCCGACCUGAUUCUCACCCGGCUUCUGGUGCCUCCCUUGUGCAUCCGCCCCUCCGUCGUGAGUGACUUGAAGUCCGGCACCAAUGAAGAUGACCUGACGAUGAAGUUGACGGAGAUCAUCUUCCUGAACGAUGUGAUUAAAAAGCACCGCAUCUCCGGAGCCAAGACCCAGAUGAUCAUGGAGGACUGGGACUUCCUGCAGCUGCAGUGCGCGCUCUACAUCAACAGCGAGCUCUCGGGCAUCCCCCUCAACAUGGCGCCCAAAAAGUGGACCCGGGGCUUCGUCCAGCGCCUGAAGGGGAAACAGGGUCGGUUCAGAGGCAACCUCUCGGGAAAAAGAGUGGAUUUCUCCGGCAGAACAGUCAUCUCGCCUGACCCCAACCUCCGGAUUGACGAGGUUGCCGUCCCAGUUCACGUGGCCAAAAUCCUGACUUUCCCUGAGAAGGUGAAUAAAGCAAACAUCAACUUUUUAAGAAAACUAGUUCGAAAUGGCCCUGAAGUUCACCCGGGGGCCAACUUCAUCCAGCAGAGACACACGCAGAUGAAAAGGUUUCUGAAAUACGGAAACCGAGAGAAGAUGGCCCAGGAGCUCAAGUACGGUGACAUUGUGGAGCGGCACCUCAUCGACGGGGAUGUGGUACUCUUCAACCGGCAGCCCUCGCUCCACAAGCUGAGCAUCAUGGCGCAUCUGGCCAGGGUGAAGCCCCACCGCACCUUCCGGUUUAACGAGUGUGUCUGCACCCCCUACAAUGCCGACUUUGACGGUGACGAGAUGAACCUUCACCUUCCCCAGACGGAAGAAGCCAAAGCCGAGGCCCUGGUCCUCAUGGGGACGAAAGCAAAUCUUGUGACCCCAAGGAAUGGGGAGCCACUCAUUGCUGCCAUUCAGGAUUUUCUAACAGGGGCCUACCUGCUCACACUCAAGGACACAUUCUUCGACCGAGCCAAGGCCUGCCAGAUAAUCGCUUCCAUACUGGUGGGCAAGGAUGAGAAAGUCAGAGUUCGCCUCCCACACCCUGCCAUCUUGAAGCCAGUCACCCUGUGGACCGGAAAGCAGAUCUUCAGCGUCAUCCUCAGACCCAGCGAUGACAAUCCAGUGAGGGCCAACCUCCGCACCAAGGGCAAGCAGUACUGUGGCAAGGGGGAGGACCUCUGCGUCAAUGAUUCCUACGUCACCAUCCAGAACAGCGAGCUGAUGUGUGGCAGCAUGGACAAAGGAACCCUGGGCUCGGGCUCCAAGAACAACAUCUUCUACAUCCUGCUGCGGGACUGGGGGCAGAAUGAGGCCGCCGAUGCCAUGUCCCGGCUCGCCAGACUGGCCCCCGUCUACCUGUCUAACCGGGGCUUCUCAAUUGGGAUCGGGGAUGUCACGCCUGGCCAGGGCCUGCUGAAGGCCAAGUACGAGCUCCUGAAUGCUGGCUACAAGAAGUGCGAUGAGUACAUUGAGGCCCUGAACACGGGCAAGCUGCAGCAGCAGCCCGGCUGCACCGCCGAAGAGACACUGGAGGCCCUAAUCCUGAAGGAGCUGUCGGUGAUCCGAGACCAUGCAGGCAGCGCCUGCCUCCGAGAGCUGGACAAGAGCAACAGCCCCCUCACCAUGGCGCUGUGUGGAUCCAAAGGCUCCUUCAUCAACAUCUCACAGAUGAUUGCCUGCGUGGGGCAGCAGGCCAUCAGCGGCUCCCGCGUGCCAGACGGCUUUGAAAACAGGUCCUUGCCUCACUUUGAGAAACACUCAAAGCUCCCAGCUGCCAAAGGCUUUGUGGCUAACAGCUUUUACUCUGGUUUAACACCAACUGAAUUUUUCUUCCACACCAUGGCUGGCCGGGAAGGCUUAGUAGACACAGCUGUGAAGACAGCGGAAACUGGAUACAUGCAGAGACGGCUUGUCAAGUCCCUCGAAGACCUCUGCUCCCAGUACGACCUGACAGUCCGCAGCUCCACUGGCGACAUCAUCCAGUUCAUUUACGGGGGAGAUGGCUUAGACCCUGCAGCCAUGGAGGGCAAGGAUGAGCCGCUGGAGUUUAAAAGGGUUCUGGACAACAUCAGAGCUGUCUACCCCUGUCCAAGCGAGCCUGCUCUCAGCAAGAAUGACCUGGCCCUGUCCUCUGAGGCUAUCAUGAAAAAGAGCGAGUUCCUGUGCUGCCAGGACAGCUUCCUGCAGGAGAUAAAGAAAUUCAUUAAGGGGGUUUCUGAGAAGAUCAAGAAAACCAGAGACAAAUACGGCAUCAAUGAUAAUGGCACAACGGAGCCCCGCGUGCUGUAUCAGUUGGACCGGAUCACGCCCACCCAGCUUGAGAAGUUCCUGGAGACCUGCAGGGACAAGUACAUGAGGGCACAGAUGGAGCCGGGUUCUGCCGUGGGUGCCCUGUGCGCACAGAGCAUCGGUGAGCCAGGCACCCAGAUGACCCUGAAGACCUUCCACUUCGCAGGCGUGGCCUCCAUGAACAUCACCCUGGGCGUGCCCCGGAUCAAAGAGAUCAUCAACGCCUCCAAGGCCAUCAGCACUCCAAUCAUCACGGCCCAGCUAGACAAGGAUGAUGACGCCGAUUACGCCCGCCUCGUGAAAGGCAGGAUUGAGAAAACCCUCCUGGGGGAGGUGAACGCCGAGUCAGUGCGCUACUCCAUCUGCACCUCCAAGCUGCGUGUGAAGCCCGGCGACGUGGCUGUGCACGGCGAGGCCGUGGUGUGCAUCACCCCCCGCGAGAGCAGCAAGAGCUCCAUGUACUACGUGCUACAGUUCCUGAAGGAGGACCUCCCCAAGGUGGUGGUACAGGGCAUCCCUGAGGUGUCCAGAGCCGUCAUCCACAUCGACGAGCAGAGCGGGAAGGAGAAGUACAAGCUGCUGGUGGAGGGUGACAACCUGCGGGCGGUCAUGGCCACCCACGGCGUGAAGGGUACCCGGACCACUUCCAACAACACCUACGAGGUGGAGAAGACCCUGGGCAUCGAGGCAGCCCGGACGACCAUCAUCAAUGAGAUCCAGUACACGAUGGUCAACCACGGCAUGAGCAUCGACCGUAGGCACGUGAUGCUGCUGUCCGACCUCAUGACAUACAAGGGUGAAGUCCUGGGCAUCACCAGGUUCGGCCUGGCCAAGAUGAAGGAGAGCGUGCUGAUGCUGGCCUCCUUCGAGAAGACGGCCGACCACCUCUUUGAUGCUGCCUACUUCGGGCAAAAGGACUCCGUGUGUGGGGUGUCCGAGUGCAUCAUCAUGGGGAUCCCCAUGAACAUUGGAACCGGGCUCUUCAAGCUACUGCACAAAGCCAACAGGGACCCCAACCCUCCCCAGAGACCCCUGAUCUUCGACACAAAUGAGUUCCACAUCCCCCUGGUCACAUAGUCUCCAUGCUGCUCUUGUCCUGUGGGCAGCUGACACCGAAGCCCAAGGCCCUGCCUAUGCUGGUGGCUGCAGGAGGCCCCUGCUGUCCCCAGGAGUGGCUCCUCAGGCCGGGAAGCGCGUAGCCGGCCUGCCUCCACCAACAGACUGAGAAGAACAGGGUUCGGCUGUUUGUUGCCUGUCUGGGGUCUCAGCACCAGCCGGGACACGGGAGAAGGUCCCCACAGCCUCGCUCCGCCAGUCAGUCACCCUGAUGUGAGCCGGGUCUGACCCCUCGAGGGCUGGGACGCUGUCCAGGUUUUCCAACCCUCAGUUAUGCUGAAAUCACCAUGUCCUCCUGUAAAUAGUGUCAUUUAUUUGUCCACUUGGGGAUUUGGGGGCUUGGUUGCUUUGUUUCAUUUUGGAAUCCAGGAACCUAGAGAAACCAAGAAAGCCAUCGUGAAGUGGCACUGAGAAACCG